AAAGCAUGGCGUCGUUUGUGAUGGAGCGUCUGCAUCAAGUUUUUUCUUUUCUUCUCUUCUUGGGAAUGCUAGCACAGAUUUCUACAAAAGAGUUCCAGUAUGACUAUGUGACAUGUAAUUCCGUGCUGAAGUUGAUGAACACUCACAACCGAGUUCGUUUGCACUCACAUGAUGUUAAAUAUGGAUCCGGAAGUGGGCAACAGUCUGUAACUGGAGUGGAAACGUCUGAUGAUCACAACAGUUACUGGCAUAUCCGGGCAAAGACCGGAGCAAGCUGUAUGAGAGGGGUUCCGAUCAAAUGUGGUCAGACAAUUCGACUGAUGCACCUGUCCACACGACGUAACUUACACAGCCACCAUUUCCAGUCUCCGCUGUCUCGUAACCUGGAGGUGAGCGCAUUUGGGGAAGAAGGAGAAGGUGAUGAAGGUGACAACUGGGUUAUAGUUUGCCCUGGGCAGCACUGGCUUCGAUCAGAGAAAGUCCGAAUAAAGAACGUUGUAACUGGACACUAUCUACACGUUUCUGGUGACUCGUUUGGGCGUCCGAUCCAUGGUCAAAGGGAGAUAAGCGGAUAUCCUUCUCCAACUGAGAUGAACUACUGGCAAGCUGCCGAAGGAAUAUUCAUCAAACCCUCACCCGACCCGAACACAGGGAAAGUACCCGACGUCCAUCAACACCAACACACAGAGUUGUAACAGUCGUAAUUUUUAGGUUUUACUCAACGUUAAUAUUUUCAUCUAAAGUCCGAACCAUAUUUUUUACAGCUACGAUAAAUUACUAUCCUACCUUUAAUUACUGUUAGAUUUUAUCCACUUUUUGUUCCAAAAUAAAUUAUGAAAAAACCCACAUUGCAUUGACAUGGAUUCCACAUAUUAGACUGAAACCAUAUCAACUUUUUACAAAUCUACUGGGACAAAACACUUGUAAUUGUAAACUCUAUUAAUGUGCCUCUAUCCAGUUAAGGUUCAGACACGUCUCUCCCGCACCCAAUCUCUGGCAUGGUUAGUGAUCGAGUAUGGGACAGAAAUGGACAAAACACAUGCGAUUUUUCCGCUGUCUACCAUUUUGCUUUUUUUAAAAAUACUCUUCAAGAAAGGUCGACGCCUCCGAAGUAUGUGACUUAAUUAAUCUGAUGUUAUGAUGACUACGUUAUAACUUAGCACAUGUCAUGACAUUGUUAGAUUACGUCAUGUCAAUCCACCCCUCUUGAUUAGUAUUCCAAAAACAAGCAAAAUGGCAGACAGCAAAAAACUGCAUGUAUUUUGCCCUAUUCGAAGUCGAUAUCCGUGACAUCGUUAAAGUCUCGUAUGUGAAAUCUGUGUCACUGUAAUGUUUGGGGGAAAUCUAACGGUAAUUAACAGUACAAGAGUAAUUUAUUGUAGUUAACAAUUUGGUUCGGACUUAAUACAUUUAUUUAUUGUUUUAAACAGUGUAUGGUUUGAUGCAAGCCAUUGCUCUCACUCGCGUGUGAUCGCACAAAACAAUUUUUGCGUGGGUGAAAAACUGCUCGCCUCAUCACAUGUUGAUAUUGCUAAUUUAUUUUGGUCGAAAUUACUGUUAACACAAUUUUAGAAAAGCAAUUUAUUCCGGACCUUCGAUUUUCGAGUCAUAAGUGCUGGUUUAAUUUAAUGUUCACGUUUAAGUGGUUUUAACAAUGUCUGAAUGAAAAUUUGAAUUUCCAAAUAUAUUAUAAUGCAUGAUUAAAACAUGUAUGUAUGUAUAUAUGUAUAUAUAUUUAUAGAUAUAUAGAUAUAGAUAGAUAUAUAUAUAUAUAUAUAUAUAGAUAUAAUAGUGGAUUACUUUUGUCAGUAGUCAUAUGAUAACCAGUUAUCAGCCCUUGAUAUUGUAUAAGAAUUGUUUAUGAUUGCUGUGAAUUUAUUGAUGCUAUAGUAGUCACAAAUUGUAUAAAAUUGUGUAGCGAAAGUUUUUAUACCAAAUUUGUGAUAUGUACAUCGAUAAAUUCACUUAAAAAUAGACAAUUCUAAGACAGUGAAAACUGUCUAAAACAGAUAAUACUGGGGAUCCGAUGUAGACAGGAUCUGGUGUUUAGACUGUCUUUUUUUUAGAAUUUAGAAAAUUAACAACCAUAAAUCUUGGCUGGUUUUGACAAGAUUCCAGGUUAUUCAGAGUCCGGUUUAGACAGGCUUCACUGUAAUUACAAACAACACAACAUUUUAGUCAGAAAUAAACAUAAAUCGGUUUUUAAUUUCCUUUUUAUCGUUGAGUAUAAGUGAAUUGAUUUUAUAGAUACCUUAUUGAAUUCAGAAAGAAACGAAUGUAUCUCUUCAGGGCACCUAUGGAAGAGAAAAAUUCUGCGAUGGCGAUUAAAAUUUACAAAACACUUGUUUUUCGGCAAGUAGAUUAUUUUGCCAGCACCUGGCUGCCCUCAUACAUCUCUGUUUCACGGUAUGAGUCGGACAGUUCAGUAAUUCAUAAUCGAAACUAUCAACAUAUACUCCCGGUUUAGGGCUGUUUGUGAAUCCUACAUGUCAGAUAGCCAAAGUCACCUGAGGUGUUCCAAAUGAUAUAUCGCACUCAAGAGUUUUGGCUAAUUCGACGAUUGAGGUGUUUUGAACUUGUCAAUGCUUUAAUAACCACCAUGAUUCAAGUAUAUCCCUCAAUGAUAGAAAUAAGCAAAACUGUUCACUGGGUCACUGGACUGAAAUCUACUUGUCUGCCAAUAUUUUCACUGGUCCAAAAUAAAUGAUUUGUUUCAGUAGAGUGCAAGGAUGAUGUUUUUUACUGCUCAAAAUGAAACUGCAUUGAAAAUUUUUACAACCAUUGGGGUAAACUUUUGUUUGUCCAAGCACAUGUUAACGUGUCAGGAGGUGAGACGUAGCCCAGUCAUACAGUGCUCACUCGAUGCACGGUCGGUGUGGGAUCGAUCCCCGUUGGUGGGCCCAUUGGGCUAUUUCUCGUUCCAUCCAGUCCACCAUGACUGGUAUAUCAAAG